AUGCGCGAGCGCGUUCGGGAGCGCGUGCGCGAGUGCGUGCGCGAGUGCCAGUGCGUGCGGGAGCGCGUGCGCGAGUGCGUGCGGGAGCGCGUGCGCGAGUGCGUGCGCGAGUGCGAGUGCGUUCGGGAGCGCGUGCGCGAGUGCGUGCGGGAGCGCGUGCGCGAGUGCAUGCGCGAGUGCGAGUGCGUGCUGGAGCGCGUGCGCGAGUGCGUGCGGGAGCGCGUGCGCGAGUGCGUGCGCGAAUGCGAGUGCGUGCGGGAGCGCGUGCGCGAGUGCGUGAGGGAGCGCGUGCGCGAGUGCGUGCGCGAAUGCGAGUGCGUGCGGGAGCGCGUGCGCGAGUGCGUUCGGGAGCGCGUGCGCGAGUGCGUGCGCAAGUGCGUACGGGAGCGCGUGCGCGAGUGCGUGCGCGAGUGCGAGUGCGUGCGGGAGCGCGUUCGCGAGUGCGUGCGCGAAUGCGAGUGCGUGCGGGAGCGCGUGCGCGAGUGCGUUCGGGAGCGCGUGCGCGAGUGCGUGUGCGAGUGUAUGCAGGAGCGCGUGCGCGAGUGCGUGCGCCAAUGCGAGUGCGUGCGGGAGCGCGUGCGCGAGUGCGUGCGCGAGUGCGAGUGCGUUCGGGAGCGCGUGCGCGAGUGCGUGCGGGAGCGCGUGCGCGAGUGCAUGCGCGAGUGCGAGUGCGUGCUGGAGCGCGUGCGCGAGUGCGUGCGGGAGCGCGUGCGCGAGUGCGUGCGCGAAUGCGAGUGCGUGCGGGAGCGCGUGCGCGAGUGCGUGAGGGAGCGCGUGCGCGAGUGCGUGCGCGAAUGCGAGUGCGUGCGGGAGCGCGUGCGCGAGUGCGUUCGGGAGCGCAUGCGCGAGUGCGUGCGCAAGUGCGUACGGGAGCGCGUGCGCGAGUGCGUGCGCGAGUGCGAGUGCGUGCGGGAGCGCGUGCGCGAGUGCGUGCGCGAAUGCGAGUGCGUGCGGGAGCGCGUGCGCGAGUGCGUUCGGGAGCGCGUGCGCGAGUGCGUGCGCAAGUGCGUACGGGAGCGCGUGCGCGAGUGCGUGCGCGAGUGCGAGUGCGUGCGGGAGCGCGUGCGCGAGCGCGUUCGGGAGCGCGUGCGCGAGUGCGUGCGCGAGUGCGAGUGCGUGCGGGAGCGCGUGCGCGAGUGCGUGCGCGAAUGCGAGUGCGUGCGCCAGCGCGUGCGCGAGUGCGAGUGCGUGCGGGAGCGCGUGGGCGAGUUUGUUCGGGAGCGCGUGCGCGAGUGCGUGCGCGAGUGCGAGUGCGUGCGGGAGCGCGUCCGGGAGCGCGUGCGCGAGUGCGAGUGCGUGCGGGAGCGCGUGCCCGAGUGCGUGCGGGAGCGCGUGCGCGAGUGCGUGCGCGAGUGCGUGCGCGACUGCGAGUGCGUGCGGGAGCGCGUGCGGGAGCGCGUGCGCGAGUGCGUGCGCGAGUGCGUGCGCCAGCGCGUGCGCGAGUGCGAGUGCCGCGUGCGCGAGUGCGUGCGCGAGUGCGAGUGCGUGCGGGAGCGCGUGCGCGAGCGCGUUCGGGAGCGCGUGCGCGAGUGCGUGCGCGAGUGCGAGUGCGUGCGGGAGCGCGUGCGCGAGUGCGUGCGGGAGCGCGUGCGCGAGUGCGUGCGCGAAUGCGAGUGCGUGCGCCAGCGCGUGCGCGAAUGCGUGCGCGAGUGCGAGUGCGUGCGGGAGCGCUGCGUGCGCCAGCGCGUGCGCGAGUGCGGGUGCGUGCGUGAGCGCGUGCGCGAUUGCGUGCGGGAGCGCGUGCGCGAGUGCGUGCGCGAGUGCGAGUGCGUGCUGGAGCGAGUGCGCGAGUGCGUGCGCGAAUGCGAGUGCGUGCGGGAGCGCGUGCGCGAGUACGUUCGGGAGCGCGUGCACGAGUGCGUGCGCGAGUGCGUGCGGGAGCGCGUGCGCGAGUGCGUGCGCGAAUGCGAGUGCGUGCGCCAGCGCGUGCGCGAAUGCGUGCGCGAGUGCGAGUGCGUGCGGGAGCGCUGCGUGCGCCAGCGCGUGCGCGAGUGCGGGUGCGUGCGUGAGCGCGUGCGCGAUUGCGUGCGGGAGCGCGUGCGCGAGUGCGUGCGCGAGUGCGAGUGCGUGCUGGAGCGAGUGCGCGAGUGCGUGCGCGAAUGCGAGUGCGUGCGGGAGCGCGUGCGCGAGUACGUUCGGGAGCGCGUGCACGAGUGCGUGCGCGAGUGCGUGCGGGAGCGCGUGCGCGAGUGCGUGCGCUAA